AUGGCGGCGGACCUACAACCCGAGUGGAUUUCGUGCCUCCCGUCUUCCUGGAGUUAUGGGGUUACUCGUGAUGGACGGGUCUUCUUCAUUAACGAAGAAGCCAAGAGUACAACCUGGCUGCAUCCAGUGAGUGGCGAGGCGGUAAUAACCGGGCACAGGAAAACUCCAGACCUACCGACUGGAUGGGAAGAAGGAUUUACUUUCGAGGGUGCGCGAUGUUUUAUCAAUCACAAUGAGCGGAAGGUGACCUGCAAGCAUCCUGUCUCAAGCCAACCCUCCCAAGACAAUUGCAUCUUUGUCGUCAACGAACAAUCUGCUUCCAAAGUGCCGUCGAAUGAGAAGAAGGACCAGCCACUGAGCACCAUGAGCGAGGCCUCCAACUACACGGGCGGCUCGGACUACGCCGCAAACCCCAACAGUCCAGCAGGAAGACCUUCAAGGCCUUCCAAAAAAAUCCACAACUUUGGGAAGAGAUCCAACUCCAUCAGGAGGAAUCCCAGCGCCCCGGUGAUCAAGAGGAACUGGCUUUACAAACAGGACAGCACGGGGAUGAAGCUGUGGAAGAAGAGGUGGUUUGUGCUGUCGGACCUCUGCCUGUUCUACUACAGAGAUGAAAAAGAGGAGGGGAUAUUAGGCAGCAUCCUCCUGCCGAGCUUUCGUGUUUCCAUGUUGUCGGUGGAUGAUCACAUCAACAGAAAAUAUGCCUUCAAGGCGACGCAUCCCAACAUGCGGACAUACUAUUUUUGCUCCGACACCGCCAAAGAGAUGGAGUCUUGGAUGAAAGUCAUGACAGAUGCAGCUCUUGUGCAUUCAGAGCCGGUCAAAAGCAGGUUGGACAAGCUAAUAGUGGAGCAGUGCGGACCCCAAGAGAUCAACAAUAUAGCCAACCACAGGCCGCCCCUCACACAGCCUGAGAUCCACAACAAUGAACUCAACCGCGAGGCUGACCGUGAGCACCCUGCAACGCCCACCCCCUCCGCCGCAGCAGACGAAGAGAAGAAGCAGUGCGACGCAGAGCGCUACGGCUUCCAGAAGGACGGGGCGGAGCGGGAGCGUCCUCUCACCAAGAUCAACAGCCUCAAGCUGCAGCCGGCCCAGGCGGCGGCUGUCAAAGCUAACAUCGCCGCGCCGCAGACUCCCACAGAAGUAGACGGGUCGCACCGCAGCCCGCAGGUCAACGGAUCCGCUGAGCACUCUCCAGCUGAUAGGACCGGACCCCCCCCUCAGCAGUAUACCCCCCAGGACCCAGACCGCAGCCUGAACAGAACCAGCUCCAUGCAGCAGCUCGAGCAGUGGGUCCGCACACAGCGGGGACGCAGCCAGGAUGACGACACCCGGAGCGUUACGUCAUACCAGACGCUGCCCAGAAACAUGCCAAGCCAUCGGGUUCCUUACAUGCCUCAUUAUGGCGACGGCUACUGCAGUAUGCCCAGGAAUAGCAUGGCGCAGCGGGACAGCAUCUGCAGCAUGUCGCCCUCUCUGUACGAGCAGGCCCUGGGGCCCUCACCCGGGGACAGGCGCGGCUCCAUGCGGGACGACACCAUGUGGCAGCUAUUCGAGUGGCAGCAGAGGCAGGCCUACACCAGGCCGCCGGCGCUCUACAGCAACAUGGCCAGUCCCAAAACCAUGAUCAACCUGUCGGAGCACACUGCACCGAGCCACUCCAUCCCCCCCUCGCCCUCCCACGGGUCGCUGUCGAUGUACGGCGGCUACUCGCCCAUGAGAUCCUACAACAUGAACAGCGCUCGCUCAGAGGUUUCCUCUCCCAUCUACAGAGGAGACAUGAGCAUCGACAGACGCCAGAGGCCCCAGCCCAACAAGUAUGCCUACCCCCCUGACAGGAGGUCCAUGCCUGCAGGGAUCCCAGUCCAGACUAUCACGGCCCAGUCUCUGCAAGGCAAAGCAUUAGGUCCAGACGACUACAGGGAGCGGGCCUACACACACAUGCCAGAAGAGGUGGACAUUGAUACCAAACUCAGCAGGUUGUGUGAGCAGGACAAACUGGUGAGGACACAGGAGGACAAACUCCAGCAGCUGUACAGAGAGAAGCACACCCUGGAGACCGCACUGCUUUCAGCCAGCCAGGAGAUAGAGAUGGGCUCCGAUAAUCCGGCCGGCCUGCAGAGUGUCAUCCAGCAGAGAGACCUGCUGCAGAACGGCCUGCUCAGCACCUGCAGAGAGCUCUCCAGAAUCACAGCAGAGUUGGAGCGGUCGUGGAGGGAUAAUGAUAAGCUGGAAGCAGAUGUGACUCUAGCUAAGAACAACCUCCUGGAGCAGCUCGAAGCACUGGGAAGCCCUCAGACGGAGCCUCCCAGCCAGCAGCAUGUGAGCAUCCAGAAAGAGUUGUGGAGGAUUCAAGAUGUGAUGGAGGCCCUCAGCAAUCAUAGAGCUCAGAGAAAUGCUGAGGGGGUGAACUUGUACGGCUCGCAGAACAACUUCAGCAAGCACAAAAAUGAGGAGGAGGACUCGGUACCCCCACGGCCACCCCUACCCCAGUCCUAUGAGCCCAACCCCCCCAACAUGCCCUGUCAUACUGGUGUGCGUCCUUCAACUCUGCACCGGCCGGAGGACAGGAAGGCCAACCACAGGAACGGCACGCACAGCGGCCCGGACUACAGGCUGUAUAAGAGUGAACCUGAGCUCACCACAGUGGCGGAGGUGGAUGAGAGCAACGGAGAGGACCGAUCCGAGCACGCUGAUAGAGAACAUUCUGGAAACAAAGGCAUGUCCUAUCCAGUGGGUAUUGUCCCCCCCAGGACCAGAUCCCCGGUGACUGAAUCUUCUUCAAUACCUUCAUAUGUCACCUUAAGGAAGAGCAAGAGGCCUGACCCCAGGACGCAGGAGCGCCCUCACAGCGCGGUGGAGCAGCAGCUGUGUGCAGGGGAGAGCGGCCGGCCCAGGAUGAGCGUGGAGGAGCAGCUGGAGAGGAUCCGCCGCCACCAGCAGGGCACCCUCCGGGGGAAAAAGAAAGGCCACCACAUCAGGGGGGGCAGCCAGGAGCCCGCUCGCAGUCACUCGUUUACUAAAGACAACCAUUUUCGCAGCACGCAGUCCCAACAGAGGCGUAGAGAGGAUGUGAUGAGCUUUGACAUCGAGGAGCUGGAGGCCUCUAUGAGGCAGCAGGAGCUGGUGCAGGAGCAGGAGACACCGGCCGAGGAGAUCGCCCGGCUCAAAGAAGCCUCGCAGGCUGACCACUUAAAUAUGGACCGGGAGCUUUCAGUGCCUGACAAAGUGCUGAUUCCUGAGCGUUAUGUGGAGUCAGACCCCGAGGAGCCUCUGAGCCCUGAGCAGGAGGCUGAUAAGCAGAGGAAAGUUGAUCGCAUCAAAGCCCUCAUAGCCAAAAACAGUAUGCAGAAUGUGCUGCCGAGUUUGGCUCUAAGCCCCGAGGAGGAGACUGAAGUGGAGGUUACAGUGCAGGAGAAAGAGAAGAUGAUUAAUAUCUCCUACGAGCUGGCAGCAGAGGCCUCCAAACGCAGCAAGCUGGUAGCAGUGAAAAGCCUGUCGCCCUCCUCCCCAUCCCUACCACAGUCUCCUAACACACCCCAACUCACUGAUGGCUCUCACUUCAUGUGUGUGUAGUGGCACCACACAGGCCCUGGCCUCAGUGAAAACAUACACAUGAAGGAAACAGCAGUGGAGGUGUAACAGGUUCCCCCGAAGACUUCCCCAUCAGCACAAGGCCACGGCCUACAGAGAGUGAAACGGCACACUCCGGACUUCUGUAUGCUCACUGUGACGUCUUAAGCUCUUACGCCACCAACAACAUUUUCUCUGUGACAUUUUCUCUGUUUUUUUGCCUUUUUUUUGGGGGGCGCCACCCAUGACAGCUGUGAUUCUGUUCUUGUUGCAGUUAGUUUUUCAGUUUUUACAAGGCUUUUACGGUUGUUUUUAUUAUUUAUAUGGUUUUAUUAGGUUCUUGUUUGAAAGGGCCAACGUCUGUCUGUGUAUAUAUGAGGCCAGCAGACUGAAAGCCUGUGGAAAAAGUGUUACGCCACAUUUUCAGUCACGUUUCACCACCUGUCCUACAAGGUUUCAAAAACAUUUUCACACCAUUUUAGCUCAUUUAGAUCUUUUAUAAGUCACUCAGUUUGUUUUUCAGACAUUGGUCACUACCCAACAUUCAUAUUUAUCCGUUUAUUGUAAAGAACAUGUGUUGAUACUAAAGAUGACUUUAUAAGAGAUGUAGAUCCCUCCGUUAUAAUCAAAGGAGGAGCCACUUUAUUGCUGCAGACAAAGAUUAUUUGUAGGUUUCCUGUUUCUGGGUUGUAAUUAUUUAAAAAGGGAUCUUGUGCAGUCCCUGUCGCGUUGUUGCCGACGAGUAUGUGAAUGUUUAAGUCACUCUAUACUGUCUUUUUUUAUUGCUGAGAGAUAUAUUUAAACUGAGAGAAGGCAAUAAGAGUUUGGUUCUAUUUUAAGAAAUGUUGUUUUGAAGUCUUGGAACUAAAAGAAAAGAUUAGCACAUGUGAAAAGCAAUAAACAGAAAACGUUUGUGGAUCACACGUGUGUGUGUGUGUGUGUGCGUGUGUGUGUGUGUAAAAAGUGUAAUUAUCAGAGGUUCACUAUGUAUAUAAUGUACAUGGUAUAGCAGGAUGGAAAGAUGUAUCCAACAUAUGGUUACAUACUAGAUCUGAUUUGAAAAUGUUCAUAUUCCAUCUGUUUUAUAUCAUAUUGAAUAAAUGUUGCUGUUCUUAACAAGCGGUUGCAUUUUGUUAUUUACCACACCUGUAGUGGACGAGCUGGUAAUAAAGCUACUACGAGAAUCAGUUUAUAUAAAUGUAAUAAAAGAGUACAAACUCA